AUGUCUUCGUCAUUUAGCGACUCGUACAUGCCCAUAUCGGCGGUGGUAAUUGCUCCUGGUGACUUUUCGUCUUCUCCAAUAGCGCUCUUAAAUUCUUUCAAGAGUCCUUGUAGUUUUUCCAUGGUAUUCUUGUCUUCUCCCAUAGGUAAGGACAGAUGGAUAUCAUCGGAUAUGUCGUCAUCAAAAUUCCACUCCAGCAUUUUCUCUUCCAUUUUCAUUUUCAUACUUUCUUUUUUCUUCCACUCCAUUUCCUCUUCGGCGGAUAAAAUAGAGAAUGGUCUAGUCCAAUCUGUUUGGUACCGGUCGCCCAAUUCAUGGACCUCAGUGAGUUUCUCAAACUUACAGGGUACCCCAGCUUCCAUCAAUUGCUUCUGUAGCCAAUCCAGCAGAAAUUCAGAUUCCAUUCCAUCUUGUGCAAAGCUUGUCUCGUCGAGAAUAAGCUUGUCUAUAUGA